GGUGUUUUGAUGAUAUUUUUCUAGGUCAUGAUGUCAGUAUUUUUGAGUGAGAAAUUAGGUAUUUUCUCUGGAGAAAUUACUGAUAUCAAAUGGCAUCCUCGCAUCCUUAUUCUAGCGAUCGCAUCACGUAUUGGAAAACAGUCAGGUGAAGUAACAAUUUCGGCCUUGAAAGUCCCAAACUGUAAAGAUGUAAUUAUUGCAAGGCCUUGUAUACCGACGUGUAUUUCUUGGCAUCCUUAUGAGUCAGUAUUAUUGGUGGGAUGGGAUAAUGGUUGUACGACUGUUUGUUACUAUUCUGAGCAUAACACUCUCGAUAUGGAUUAUAAACUAGAAGGGUCUGUGAUGUCUCUAAUUUGGACGUUUGAUGGCAACUCUGUGUUUUCGACAGACAACAAAGGAUCUGUUUACGUUUUCCGGUGGCAUAACAAUGUAGAUAUUGGUACAAAGCCUAUAUCCAUCCUGAAAGUCAACACAAAUAUAUCAUGUGCUCUGAUGUUCAUUACCCGAAAUUCCGAUGAAUUAAAUUCUUAUGUUACGUUUACACAGUUGAAUUCGAGUACUAGUGAGGGAAAUAAAGUUGCUGAAUCCGCCAUCACCAAAACUCCAUAUAAAUCAAGUAACAUACUGAAGUUUUCGAGUCUGGACUUUUAUCUCUUUGGAUGUUCCGAUGGUCUGCAGGACGUAUAAUGUACAUUAAGUACGAUAGAUCGAAAGAGAAUGGAAUUACAGUGAAUCAAGCCAAUAACUUGGCAUUCUGUGAAGGAUGUAUUUUAAAUAUGAUUUCUCACAAAAGCACAAAUAUUUUGUUGGCCGUCACUGAGAAGGGUUUGUUAUAUCACUAUCAUGUCAAGCUAAACGCUGAAAUAUCAAUCAAGGAAGUAACAAAGAUGAAACUGACUUUAGCGAUGUUCAACCAGCCGUCUGUUACAUGGGUUGGCGAAACUACGCUUGCUAUGGCACUUGGGGAAACAAAUGUUAGACUUUGGGAUGUCGAGAGAGCCGAUAACUAUACGUUAGCUCCUUGCAUGCCUAUUUCCAAAAGUAGUACAAGUGAGCUGAAGGUGAUCAGUGUUUCUUACUCGGAAACAUAUUGUAUACUGGCAGCAAGUUUUAACAAUGGAAUGGUGGGAUUUUGGCAAUACUGUACAGAGCUGGAAUCACCCAAAUAUUUGUCUAACGUUCAGAGGUCAAGUUUGACGUCAAAUCAAAAUCUCUGUGACUGCAUAGAUAGUUAUGGACUUUUAAGUUGCACAAACACUUUGGCAGAAAAAACACCGGAAACCAGUUGGCAUCCACAACCAAGUACCUUUUGGUUAAACAAAGAAGAUGAAUCGUUUUCUGUAUCAGAGGAUUUAAAAUAUCACACACAUUUACUAGCCUGGGAUUGUCAGCAAGAAAAGUUAGCAAUUACUCUCAUACCUCAUCAGUCAAAAGAAAAGCCACAUGAAAGCCAAGGUACCCAAACCAAGUCUACUGUAUAUAUGCUUCAACGGCAAUCACCACAAACGCAUUUCUACGGAUAUGGAUGUGCUGUUGUACAAACCGGUUCAAGAUCAUUGGCAGUGCUUACCACAAUAUCUAAUAAACGUGUAAACAAAACAAAUACAAGCGCUUCAAAGAAUGUAUCGAUAAUGAACAAUACUCCUGAAAAUAAAAAAGCGAAUGUAAAUUUGAUUAAAGAUGAAAAUUUCGAGAAUUGCCGCGGAUCCUUCAUAACCAAAUCAAAACAACUAGAGACUUGUAAAGAUAUAAAUCAGAACUUUACUGAUUUCAUUAUUCAAGGGAAUUGUUCGUUUUGUGAGUACGAGGCGCAGGUUGAAGAUCAAAUUAAGGCUGUAUAUUGCACACAAGAACAUGUUGCAUACUGGAAUGGUCAUCAUAUCUUUGUUUAUAAACAGUCCACUAAAGGUUGCAUAAUCUACCUAACCAAUUUCCCAUGUGAAUAUAAAUUGAUUGGAAUGUAUCAAUAUAAUAUAUUUACAAUUGAACCAUAUAAAUUACAAGUUCGUAAUUUGGAGGGCUAUGUUAAACAAUUAAUCAAUUUUACAGAAAUAGAGGGCAGUAUUACUAUGACUGCUCAAUGUGGCAAUUAUAUGGCAUGUCUUACUGAUCAAAAUAAAAUACGAGUAUUUGAUUUAAGCAGAAGAGAAAUCAGAUCAAUCAAUACAACAAAAUCUUUAACUCAAUUAAUUAUAUAUAAAUUAUUAAAUGAUAUUUCACAGAAAAAAUCAAUAUUCAAUCAAUCAACUAUAUCUAUUCCAGAGAUUAUUACAUUAUUACAUAAUUCAAAUAAUCUAUUCAUAAAUGAAUUAAAUAUUACAUGGAUAUCAAUUAAUCAAUCUGGUAAUUCAAUAGCAUUUACAAUAGAAAUUUUAUAUGAUAGUGAAUUAUGUAAAUUAUUAUGGUUGAAUUCAAUUGAUUCAUUAAUAAAUAAAAUAAAUGAUCCAUUUAUUAAAAAAAAUAGAAAUGGAAUGAUGAGUAAAGAAGAGAAUUUAUUAAAGAAAUGGUAUCCAGAUCCAAAUAUUUAUAUUUAUCAUAUAAAUGAAGAUAAAUUGAAUUGUUUUAAUUUUUUUGAAACUUUAACAAAUUCUAUUCAUGAUAUAACUCAAACAAUAAAUAAUCCUGAAAGUGAUAAUCAUUCAGUUAAUUUAAAUCUAAUUCGUUUAAAUAGUACAAAUCUUAUUCAGAGAAGAUGGCCAAAACAUCAUUAUUGGGAUCAAUAUGAAUCAAGAAUGUUAGUUGUAGAAGCUGCACCAAUUUCACAUGAUCAUCCAAUAUUAAAAUCUCAAUCAAAUGUACUUGAAAAAGUAAAUAAUGAACAUUAUGGAAUUAAUUAUAUAAUUAAUAAUGAAACUGAUCAAUAUACUACUAUGGAUAAUCGAUCAUCUGGUAAAAAGAAACCGAAAGUUUCUACUUCGAUUGUUUCAUUGUUUAUUAGUCCAGAUCGAAAUGAUACAAUAAUUGAAGGAUCAUUUCUAAUGUCUUUUCAUCAUAGUGCAUUGAUUGGUGUUGAAGUGCCUUUCAUAUAUUUUUCUGUUCGUUGUGAUUUAAAUCAUCUUAUUCUUGAUGAACAAUAUCGAAAUCGUUCUGAAAAGAUUACAUCUGAUCGUCUUAUAAUCAAUAAAAUUGAUUGUACAUCAACAAUUACAAGUAAUCAUAAUAAUGGUGUAGAUCUGAAUACAUCAUUGCAUAGAGAUGAAGAAUUGAAUGAUAAUGAUGAUAUCAAUAGUCAGUCGAGAAGGAAAUCGAUGAAUAGUGAAGUGAAUGAUGGUGAUGAAUCAACAACUCAGAAUAGAGUACAUUAUAUUAAUAGGUGUGUAAUGCAAAAUUUUAUUGGUCUUGAAGAUGCUGAUGAGAAAACACGUGAAGCUAUGCUAAAUUUCAGCUAUUAUUUAGCAUUAGGUGAAAUGGAUUCUGCAUUUAGAGUUAUGAAAUUGAUUAAAAGUUCAGUAGUUUGGCAGAAUAUGGCUAAAAUGUGUGUUGCUACUUGUCGAUUAGAUGUUGCUCGUGUUUGCUUAGGAAAAAUAAAUAAUCCAAUAGGAUCAAAAAUGUUACGUGAAUUUAAAAGUAAAGAACCAGAAUUAGAAGCUCAAGCAGGAGAAUUAGCUUUACAAAUUGGUAUGAUUGAUGAGGCUGAACAACUAUUCAUUCAAUGUAAUCGUUGGGACUUGGUAAUUCGUUUACAUCAGUCGCUUGGUAAUUGGGACAAAGCUUUGAUAACGGCUGAACAACAUCAUCGUAUGUUAUUACGUAGUAUUCAUUAUGCCUAUGCUAAAGAAUUGGAGUCUGUGGGUAACAUUCAGCAAGCUAUUGAACAUUAUACUAAAUCAGGAACUUAUCAGUUUGAAGUUCCUAGAAUGUUACAAAAUAAUCCAGAAUUAUUAGAAUCGUUUGUGAAUAAACAAAAUGAUCAAAAUAUUAAAAGUUGGUGGGCAAAAACAUUAGAAGCUCAAGGUCGUCUCGAGGAAGCGAAAACAUAUUAUUCUAACUCAAAAGACCAUCUGUCAUUAGUACGUGUACUAUGUUGUCUUGGUGAAGAAUCAGAAGCUGAAACAAUAUGUAAUGAAACUGAUGAUCCUGGUGCUUGUCAUCAUUUAGGGAAUCAUUUGAAAUUGAAAGGUUGUAUAGACCAAGCAAUUCGUUUAUUGACAAGAGCAAAAGCUUAUUCAAGUGCAAUACGUUUGUGCAAGGAACAUAAUCGUAAUGAUCAUCUUUUUAGUUUAGCUCAAUUAGGUAGAUCCGAUGAUAUAUUAGAAUCAGCAAAACAUUUGGAAAAUUAUCCAGAUUAUAUUGAUAAAGCAGUAUUAUUAUAUCAUAAAGCUGGUAAAAUUAAUCGUGCUAUAGAAUUAGCAAUUAAUACUUAUCAAUUUGAUGCUUUACAAAGUAUUAUUAGUUCUUCAAAUGAUGAACAAUUAGAUUCGGUUAUAUUAAAAAAAUGUUCAGAAUUCUUUAUACAAAAUAAACAAUUUGAUCGAGCUGUUGAAACACUUGCAGCUGGUAAACAGUAUUUGGAAGCAAUUCAAUUAUGUAAUGACUAUUUUGUACCAAUUACAGAAGCUUUAAUUGAAAAACUUACACCAAUAACAAAUAAUAUAUCUAAUCAAAAUAUAUCUAAUAUAUUAAUAAAAUUAGGUGAAUUAUGUUUAAUAAAUGAAUAUUAUUAUUUAGCAUGUAAAAAAUUUACACAAGCUGGUAAUUAUAUAUUAGCUAUUAAAUCAUUAAUCAAAUCAGGUGAUAUAGAUAAAAUUAUCUAUUUUACUAAUAUUAGUAAACAGAAAGAAGUUUAUAUUAUAACAGCAAAUUAUUUACAAACAAUAAAUAAUUGGCAUACAAAUUUAUAUAUUAUACGUUCUAUUAUACAAUUUUAUAUACGUGGACAAGCAUUGAAAUCAUUAAUUACAUUUUAUGAAAUAUGUGCUCAUAGUGAAAUUGAAGAAUCUGGCAAUUAUGAAAAAGCAUUAGAUGCAUUAACUGAAGCAUAUAAAGUUUUAGUUAAAUUAUCAAGUUCAACUACAAAUGAUGAUAAUAAUCAAACAAAUGAAUGUGAUCUUAAGAAACGUCUAAAUGAAAUAAAAGAGAAGACAAUAUUAUGCAAAGAGUUUAUAGAAAUUCAGAAGUUGUUUUCCACUAACCCGAUAGAUGCAAUGCAAAGAUGUUAUACACUUUUAGAAAAUAUUGAACAGGAUGAUAUAUUGAGACCUGGAGAUAUUUAUUCUUUAAUAAUACGUGAAUUAGUAAUGGAAGAGAAAUAUAAAGCUGCAUUGACAUGUCUCAAUGAAAUGAAAGAGCGAAUUGGAGAUAAUGUUAUUUCCCGAUAUUUGGAUCAAGAAAUUUUGGAUAAAAUUUACAAGACGCUAAACUUAGCCUCAAUUGAAUAUGAUAAGCACACUUCAGAUAAGAUCAAGAAUGAAGACGACGCCCUAGACACGACUACAUAUGAGGGUAAUGCAAUUGAUGGAAACGUAAGCGACGAAACGGAUGACUAUUAAAUAUUUGAUAUCCCCCCCCAAAUAUUCAACUUCAUUCCAUAUUUUAUAACAAAAUCAAACAAAUUUAGUUAUAUAUGUAUAAAACAUGAGAACCGGAAUUGUACACCAGUUAUGUUACAAUGCUGCAGCUGCUUCCUUUUUCUGACGCUUCUUUUCAGCUUCCUCUUCUCUCUCCUUUUCGAUAGCCUGAACAUACUUUUGGAUAUCAGCGAACUCGAGCAUCUAAAAGAUGAAAAAAGCAUGUGUCACAACUUGAUGUGCAUAUGUUAUCGCAAUCUACAUUCGUUCAAUUGCAUAAUAAAGAACAAUAAAUAAACAACCUGUACAUUGUCGACGAAAGAAAAAAUUGAUGUGGAUGUUUUGCAAUUUACAAGAUAACUCAUUAUGAACAG